GUUGGAAGCUAGUCAGUCUUAACAACCUGGGUUAAGUCAACCGAAAAUCAUUCUAAUAGGGCGAUCCGAAGAGCUAUUCCUGUUUCUUUUGGACGACAUAACGUGAGAAGAAUUGGAGUGCCUGUCAGCAACGCGACCCCUCAGUCACGGAAGAGCGUGUGUCUUCUCAGGCAGGCUGCAGUGUCCUCACAACUCCCAACUGUUGGACCUGUUGGACUUAUCUCCCAUUUAAGGGAUUAGCUCCAUCUCUCUCACACACUCUUACUAACACACGGACGCUCGCCAGGUCCCUAAAGCACCAGGAAUCCCAAGUGCUCCCCACAUUCCCUCUAUUUUAACCCACGGGAAGGAGGUGUUGGAAUGGCUCGGGGUGUUCUCUCAGAAGCAGGUCUUAUCCAGCUGAUUACAUAACCCUCCCCCCGCGACGUGCCCCCCCCCCCACCUUCUAAGAGACAACAGCUGGGCUCGACCUAAACACUUGGAGCUACACACCAAGAGGAAAUCCUCACCCACACCCCAGAGGACUGGCUGUGCUCCGCCUUCUCUUUUGUUUUGUUUGUUUGUUUGUUUGUUUGUAUUUAACCAAAAUCAAUCUGCCAUCUGUCUCCAUUGUGGGGAAAAAAAACUCCUCAGCUCACCCCUCGUGUAGGGACAGUGUGUGUCUGUGUGUGCAUUGAGAGAGCUCUGUGUGAGAACUGAGGAGUGUGUUUGUGACAGAGGGUAGUGGCUGAAGCUCCUUCCUUUGCCUUCCUCUCCUCUACCUGCAGCACAAGCUAUCCUAACCUGUGGGCUUAGCGGGUGUCUGCCCCCUGUGAAGGCUGAAUGGGCACUGAGAAUCUGUCAGGGCACCUGUGGUUCUCUGCAGAACUCUGGGGCCAUCUCCCUUGCCCACCACCUGCGAGAGCAGCGGCUGUGGGGUUUGUUUAGUAGUCACUGCCCUGCCUGUUGGAUUGGGGAAUGAGUUAUCUUCGGACAAGCAGAACUUGGGAUCGAUUCAGAAGCGAGCUAAAGGUUUCCGGGCCACUUACCUUACUGGGAGACUGAGAGACUGGAGUUGAGCUUUUAAAAUCUGACUUUCAUGUGUACAGAUGGAUAACCACCUCAACUGCUGGACCAGUUGUUCGCACCAAAACUACUCUCAUUUUUUGAGUGACUGAGCCUUGUUUUAUUUUUUUUUAUUUUUUUUUAUUACUUCUUGACUUAGAAGGACUAGAGUGAAAAGCCCAUCCCGGAACAUCCAAAGUCAUUCAUUCUGUCUGUAUCUCUUUCUUUCUAUCUCUCCUUCUUUUCUAUCUUUGCUCUCCCUCUUCCUCAUAUCCAUCCCCAUUUCAUGUCUUUUGUGUACCAAAUAUUGGUUCCUGUCGGUCAAAGCCCCACAACUACACAGGCCACGUGCUGCUGAUAGUCCCGCAGAAGCCUAGCGUUAGCUUUUGUUUGAUCAGCUCCACCAGUUUGGGUCACCCUCUACCUCUGCUCAUCUUGGUACUGUAACGCUGUCACACAGCAGAACCAAACCAACUUAGUCAAUGUUUGUCACUCUAGGCGUGACGCUGACAAUUAAGUUGUUCCAUCUUUCUUGCUGAUUGGCAUAGAUUAACUAGAACUUGGGAGUCCUACUUCCUUGAAAGGAAGAGUGACUCCAUCCAGAAUUUAGGCCUAUGUGAUUUUUCUUACUGACGUUUUGCCUGAGUGUAUCAGUUAUUUUCAUUGUUUUAUUUUUAAAACCAAAAUAUUCUAAUUUAAGCCAUAUUGCAAAUUUAUUUUGAUGAAUUGCCGUUGCACUAUUCUUUCAUCACUAAGCCUUUUUUGCUUUUAUCUUGCUUUAUUUAGUGCAUUUGUCACCAAAAAAAAAUCAGUUUGUGUCAAGUAUAUCAGCCAUUAAAGCAGCUCCACUAUCUGCCACUUAUCCUCUAACCAACUCCCUGUAAAGCUUCACAGCUACACUUCAAAAGACAAAUCCAAUACGUAGCUCAUCCAAGGAGAAGUGCUGCCCCAUACAACUCAUACAUGUUUGGGGCAUUUUUAUUUCUCAAGAAAGUGCCCAGACCACUACUUUGAUAUUUAAAGAGGAGAAGGCUGCCCUCCCGUCUAUAUUCUUCUCCGUUUCCUGCUUCUUCCUGCCCAGUCGGCCUCUUGGUCUCUUGACCAUGCUAAAGCCCCCGAGCCGAUGUAGAGGGAGACUGCUUGUGCUCCUUCUCUAACCGUUUUGGGUUCUCUCUUCCCUACGCCUUGUGUUCUCCCUCUCAUCGCUCUCCUCAGUCCUCUCGCAUACCCUCUGUGUGUGAGUGAGUGAGCGUGUGUGUGUGUGCUUGUGUGUGUGUGUGUGUGUGUGUACGCGGCUGUGUUGCUGAUCAGCCAGGUGUAGGUGAUGGCGGGUGGCAGCAAGAGUGGAGGGGGUGUGGCCGGCCCCUCUCCCCCGCCACACGCCUCGGUUCCACGCCGACCCUUCCGGCCGAGCCGUUAUGUGCCCGUCUCCGCGGCGACUGCCUUCCUGGUGGGAUCGACCACGCUCUUCUUCUGCUUUACGUGCCCAUGGCUGUCGGAACAGUUCUCUGUUGCUGUGCCCAUUUAUAAUGGAGUCACCUUCCUCUUUGUGCUGGCCAACUUCUGCAUGGCCACCUUCAUGGAUCCUGGCAUCUUCCCCAGAGCGGAUGAGGAUGAGGACAAGGAGGAUGAUUUCCGGGCUCCGCUCUACAAAACAGUUGAGAUUCGGGGGAUUCAGGUGCGCAUGAAGUGGUGCUCCACCUGCCGUUUCUACAGGCCCCCACGCUGCUCUCAUUGCUCCGUCUGUGACAACUGUGUGGAGGACUUUGACCACCACUGCCCAUGGGUGAACAACUGCAUCGGGCGCAGGAACUACCGCUACUUCUUCCUGUUCCUGCUGUCGCUCACCACACACAUCAUGGGCGUGUUUGGCUUCGGCCUGCUCUUCAUCCUUUACCACACGCAGGAGCUCGACCAAGCACACUCCGCCGUCACUAUGGCGGUCAUGUGUGUGGCAGGGCUGUUCUUCAUCCCGGUGGCUGGCCUCACUGGCUUCCACAUUGUACUGGUAGCACGGGGAAGGACCACUAAUGAGCAGGUAACAGGGAAGUUUAGAGGGGGUGUAAACCCUUUCACUAACGGCUGCUGGAGGAACGUUUCACAUGUGCUCUGCAGCUCCCAGGCCCCAAGGUACCUGGGCAGAAAGAGGAAGUCUCUGGCAGUAGCAGUACAGCCACCCUUCCUGCGGCCGCAGCUCUCCGACUCGCAGCUCACUGCCAAGGUGCUCGAUAACGGCAUCUUAGGCGACAUGCACCGGUCUAAGAGUAGCUUGGAGAUGAUGGAGAGUCAGUCAGCUGAUGCUGAGCCGCCACCUCCCCCCAAACCAGAGCUACGCUACCCUGGUCUCUCCAGAGGGCCCGGCAGCCACAGUGAAGAGAGCAGCCUGCUGAAUAAAGCUCCCCCUACGCCCACCAUGUACAAGUACAGACCUGCCUACAGCAGCCCAGGAAAGAACCACACCGCCCUCACCCACGCCUAUGCCAACCAGAUGAGUCGUGGGGACAGUCUGAAGGAGUCCUCUACCCUGUUGCAGUCGAGCCAGCAGCCGGGCUACCGCUCCGAGCCCAGCCUGGACGGUGGGGUAGGGGAGCGGGGCGGAGCCUCUGAGAGGUCAGUGGGCUCUGGUGGGGGGGCAGCGGGCCCGGGCAUCCCCGGGUACUCCCUCGGCGGGCGCUCGUACCCCUCGUUCUCCGACGCCACGGCGCUGUCGGGCGUCGGCGGCGGGCCCUCGCGCUCUUCGUCCAGCGUGCGCUCGGGCCAGGCGGGCGCCGGCGUGGCCUCCGAGGCCACCACCUCCGCCAGCUACAAGAGCCUGGCCAAUCAGACGCCGCCGCCGCCCGUGCCGCUCAACGGCAGCCUGUCGUACGACAGCCUCCUCACGCCCUCCGAGAGCCCCGACCUGGACCCGAGCAGCACGGCGCCGGCCAGCUCGGCCGCCACCUCGGAGCUGUCGCCGGGGCGCCCGCGCACGCCCGUGGCCCUGGGCUACAGCUCGCCGUACCUGUCGGCGCAGAUCGCGCAGCAGCGGGAGGUGGAGCUGCACCAGCCGUCGGGGCUGCUGGGCUCGCCGCACCGCGCCGCCUACCUGCGCGCCGCCGCCUCCUCCUCUUCCUCCAGCAGCCCCCCGCCUCACGCGCCCCUCUCCCUGGACCCGCACCCCCACCACCACGCUCACCACCACCACUCGCACCACCACCCCCCGCCCACGGCCCUGCCGUCCUCCGCCUCCUCCAACGCUGCCUCGUCCGCCUCCUCCUCGUCCGCUGGCCCUCACCACCACCACCACCACCAUCACCACCACCACCACCACCACGGGCAGCGCGCCCCCCGCUUCUCACGCCCCCCGCUGCUAUCUGAUUCGGGCCCUCCCCCCGCCUACCCCUACCGCACACGCUCCACCGAGGCCCCCCCCAGCACCCACCCGCCCCGCUCCCCUCACCCCCCGCCGCUGGGCAAGUCCCUGUCCUACUCCAGCGCGGCGGCCGCUGAGAUGCAGUACCGCAUGGUGCGCAAGGCCUCUGCCUCGGCUGGCGGCGUCGGGGUCGGAGGCGGCAUGGGGGGCAUCCAGGCUCCGAAGGACGAAAUUCAAAUGAAGUCCUACAGCCGAACCAAUGGUCAGCCCAAAUCAUCCCUCUCCCAAUCACCUGCCUCUUCGACCCCCUCCUCACCCUCCCAUCCAAUCAGUGUCUCCACCCGCCCUGGACAGGCCUAUCCCAGCACAGCUGCCACUCAGAGUCCCGCCCACAAGCCCGGGGGCGGGGUAAAGAAAGUGACUGGUGUUGGUGGAACCACUUAUGAGAUUUCAGUCUGAGUGACUUGAGUGACUAUGUUCCUCAGCCAGCAUCAAGAACAGACUCCCUGGAGCUGCUGGAACUGCAGAGGAACUCUAACGUCAGGGGAGGGGUGAGACACAAGGAUGACAGUUGGUGGACAAAGAUAACCACACUUAUAAGUCAUUCAGAGAAGUUAUGGCCUCCUCUAUAUCACCCCCCUCCAGUCUCCCAACCCCUUCCCCAAAUCCCUCCUGCUGCUGUGGACUCGAUCUUACCUUUCCAAUGUUGUUUUCCAAAGGAGGACUUUCCACAACCAAAAUGGCUGGGUUUUGCCAGCUCAGACUGUCAGCUGGAGUGUAAUAAUGACUCUAAUGUUUGACGCGCCGACACUGGUAGCCAAUCACAGAUCGUUAGAGGCGGGUCUCCUUCAUCUGUCCUCCAAUGAGGUGUGACCUUUUGUUGGUGUGACUGCUUUGACUGGGUUGCCUUUCUUAAACAUUCUACAAGAAACAAAAAAAAAAACAAGAAGAUUCCUUUAAUAUGUGUAAAAUGACUCCUCGUCUGCUCUGUACAAAAAGAACUGGUUUGGGGAAGGUUUGUUGUUGUUUUUUGCUCCCUUGGUUUUCCACCAGUUACAGGGGGACUUACUGGCAUGCUAUAGCCAUUUAGGACCACUGUGAUACUGGCUACUUGCCAUGAUGCCUCUGUGUAUUGACCAAUCAGUAGUGGAUGAACAGAAGAGCAAGGGCACACUAUUUGCAUUGAGCUUUGAAAUGGAACAGCCAAUGUCUUGCUAGUGUUUAUUGGGGCAGUUACCUGGUGAAUCAAGGAGAAAUAUCUUUUUAUUUUAUUUAAUUUUUAAAUGUUAUUUUAUAUGAAUUUAUAUAAAGCUAUUGAUAAGAUCAAUAUUUCCUCUUUUUUUUUCUUUUUACAACGGCUGAUAUGAGAUUUUAGUCAGCACAGGAUUUUUAGCUAAUCAAAAAAAUAAAUAAAAACUGUUUAAAGUACAGACCUUUGUUUAACGGACUGGACCUGUCUGUCAUUUACAGAAGGUGAGCAUGUUGCCUCAAUCUAACAAAGGGUCUGGACACAGAUCUAUAUUCAGCCAAUGGGGUGUAGUUAAUUUCACCCUGGUGAUUGAUAUGUAGCAUUGUCAUGCAUUUGAUACAGAAACCCAUGCUGAUGUUGGGUUGUAUUUCCUGGAUUCUGUUGUAUACGUUUUGAUGGUCUGCCACUUAAAAGUAUGCAACUUGUCUUCUUCCCUUCCCUCAUUUUGCUUUUUUUAUCAGCUGUCUCUCCUGUUGCCUUGUAGUCUUACUAGUCAAGUUGGUAUUCAGCAGCUUACUACACAUGCUUGCAUCGCCAAGCCAUAGAGACAAGAGAACCAUAUCAGCCAGUCCUGAUUGGUUAUGGUUAGACCACUGUAAAAUACCUUCUCAUUUGGAGUUGAGAUCAGUUUGAGGGAAUAGAAGUUUUCUUUUUUUAAUUUAAGCUCUUUUUUAUUUUCUCACAGUGAUUUGCAGGCAUUACGCAGGGCGCUAUAGAUCUAUCCACCAAUCGAUAGAAAAUACAGGAUUUGGCGUCCACAAAGUUGGACCUCGUGCACAUUGCCCCUUGAGAUAUCCAGGUGUUUGGACAGGUAAUACGUGGCCAGUGGAUGCACCUGCCAGACGAGAUGGUAAAGAGAGUAGUCUGCAGGAAGGCAGGAACAUGGCAGGUAUGGGAGUAAAGUAUACUGUAUAGCUCAGUGUGGGUGGAUGUGUGUGUAUGUGCGUGUGUGGUUGAGAAUUGGUAAUAAAAAAUACUGUUUAUAAAACGUUAA